CAGGUCGGUUGUGAUUUUUCCUGACGUUGUGUCGUUUGUUUGGGGUCGUGCGGCUGUUUUUUUGACUCAAUUCUAUCUCUUGCCAAUGGAUGCUCAUAAAAACCAUUUACGUCUGUCAUAGAACGUUAACGUUAAACGCAUUUCGGCUUCUCCCAGUCAGUCCAUGGCCGAUCAGCAUGAGUCCAUCGAUCUCAGGUCUCCCCCAGUGGACCCAUCAGCUGCUUCAGAACACAGCUGGUUCCCUGGACCCCCUCCACCCAUCUAUUCCUGCACCCUGACCCCUGAACUGGUGGCCAAGGCACGGGAGGAGCUCCAGGAGAAACCGGAGUGGCGUCUCCGGGAUGUCCAAGCUCUGAGAGACAUGAUACUGAAGGAACAGCCCAAUCUCAGGACGAGGCUGGAUGACGCCUUCCUCCUGCGCUUCCUGCGGGCCAGGAAGUUUGACUACGAUCGUGCCCUGCAGCUGCUGCUCAACUACCACGCGGGUCGUAAAGCAUGGCCAGAGGUGUUCCAGGACCUGAAGCCGUCCACAGUGAAGCACGUCCUGGACCUGGGCUUUCUCACCGUCCUGCCGCGGCCGGACCCAAACGGAAGAUACAUCCUCUGUCUCCGGCCAGGAAAAUGGAAACCCAAUGAUUAUCCAUUUGUUGACAAUGUGAGGGCCAUUUAUUUGACUCUGGAGAAGCUUAUCCAGCCAGAGGAGACGCAGGUUAACGGUAUCGUCAUCUUAGCCGACUACACCGGAGUGGGCAUGUCACAAGCAUCCAAUCCAGGCCCAUUCCUUGCCAAAAAAGUUGUCAGCAUUCUUCAGGAUGGGUUUCCAAUCAGAAUCAAGGCCGUUAACAUAAUUAACGAGCCCAGGAUUUUCAAAGGCAUCUUUGCUAUAAUUAAGCCGUUUCUGAAGGAGAAGAUGGCAGAGAGGUACAUCCUCCACGGCUCAGACCUGCGCUCGCUACACCGGAACAUCCCCCGCUCCGUCCUACCGGAGGAGUACGGCGGCACUGCGGGACAACUGGACAUGUGCGCGUGGUCCAGACUGCUGCUGGACUGUGAGGAGGAGUUUAUAGUGGAGUUUUGCCAGCCAGAUCCACUAGAGGGCGUGGUGCUCCCAGACUCCAUGCUGUUUGAGGGAGAGCAGGCCAGCGGGCAGGACGACGACACCUUCAGGGGGCUGCGCUCCCAACUUUACUACUGUUACUGAUGCACACUGUAGACGCGUAGACUCCCAUCACUGAGAGGACAUUUUCUGUUUCAUUUGAAACAUGUGUGUAGACUUUUACAGGGCAAGUUGCCAAUAUUAUACAUGAUUUAUUUUACUAACAAAGCAGCACUACUUUAGGCAGACUGUCUUCUCUAAUUUACACGUAGCCCAGCAUUCAAUCAUGGUUCCAAGGCAGCUGCAGACUCAGGCAAAGAGGUUUUUGACAUGAGCCGAUGCAUGUUUAUUGGUGGCCUCUGUGAAUUGAUUUUUGGAUAGGUUCACAUAUGUACACUGAAAGAGGUUUUGCUUGAUGGAAACAGUCCUCCUCUCCAUCCUGGCCAUUAGAAGAUGCCUUUCUAAUGUGCUUCCAGUGUAGGAGAUAGGGCACAAAAUCCACAGUCCUAAUUUUUGCAUUUAGCUGAAGCUAAAAUGAGGUCUCAGUAGUCCCAGUUAGACAAAUUAAGUGGGUGUCCCCUAAGGUUACUGUCUUUGUAGUACAAAAUUCCCUGUUUAUGUGUUUAGCUGUCCACUUCAGCUCAGCACAGAAACACACAAACACAAAGGGGGGAUUUGUUACUAAAAACAAAUUUCUGACUAACUUAGACUGCAGAAGCCUCGUAUUAGACAUUUUUGACUGGACUGUGGCUUUUGUUGCUUGUCUCCUCCACUGAGUACAUUAGGAAGGGAUUGCUCACCAGCCAGUGUGAACAGGAGGUUUUAACACCAUAAACAAAACGGUUUUGGUGUACAAAAUGAGCAUGGGAGCUGUUUUAGGACAGACAUGGAAAAACGUGAACUUAUCCUUUAAUAUUUCCUGAGGAAGAAAUCUAAAAACAGCUUCUCAAACUCACAUCUCUUCAGUUUGUUAAGUGUCAGUCAUAGACUGGCUGUUAGUGCUCUGUCUGCAUGGUUACAUCACCCCUCAACUGACAGUUUUUGUGUGUGUGGCCAUCUUAUACAUUGCCUUAAACUGUUGUUAAUUGGUAGACUCUCCUAGAGAUGCAUCAUAAAUCAUGUUGGACUUGUGUGUGUACCAAAGCAAUAUUCGUGUUUAUUCUCAUCAGGGCUCGUUUUACAUUAGGGUGGAUGUACUUUUUGGUUGGUUAGUAAGUGGAAAUAGAUUGCUGCUGUGGCUGAGAGAAAGAGUAAUGUCAUAGAUAUUACCAGUAAAUGUUUUUGUUCAAUAUCUAGUUCAUACACAGUAUUUCAGGGCCUUUGUUUAGCUGAUGCUUUAGUGUUCGCUAGCUUGAAUCUUCUGAGAGGAUUAUUUUUCUAAGUUCAGAUAAUCUGCCUUAUUUUUUUUUUUUUGCAACCUUUUUUGACCUGUUUGCCUGUGUUUCAUCACGCAGUCUUAACACAGGGCCAUUACUGAUCACAGGAGUCACAUGGGGGAAUAGAACAUUCAGUCCUGCCUCUAUAGACAUCUGGUUUGCCAAAUUUUACACUAGGCCAUGUACAGAAAUGUGCAAUAACGUUGGAUCUGUUUUCAUGUGGUAGCCCGAAGCUAACUUGAAUAACCUUGUUCAGUCUUUUAUAUUUUUAUUUUAAGCAUGUCUGUGACUUAUGAGCUGUAUUGUGUUGCAGGAUAUUUAUCAUUGGUAGUGUAGACAGUAAAGUAAAGCUCAAACUGAGAAAGUG